CAUGCUGGGCUGGCAGCCCCCAAACACACGAGAAUACUUUGGAAAAAUGGUCUCACCUAGAAAUUUUAGCCUUUUGGUGCGGAGUCACUCGUCUUUUCCUCCUGACUGGGAUUAGAACGGCCCGCACUGAACGCAUCUUUUUUAUGCUGCAUCGUCCCGCAUCCUUCUUCCUAGGUUUUCCGGCAUUUGAAUGCCUCCCACACUCUUUUCUGCACUCUCUAUCUAAUAACUUAAUUCGUAAUUUUAUCUCUCGCCAGGCCUCUGGUUCGAGGUUCUGCCUCGGUUUGGAGAGAUGCCGUCCCACCUCAAACGUCAAAAUUUUGGCCCUUCAUGUUCGGCAGGGAAUUGGUACUCUUGCGAAAACUCGAAGUUUGUCGGAUGCUGCGAAAGUAACCCAUGUACAAACGGCUGUCCUCAGGACAACAUUCGUCCAGCAGGCUUCGAUUCCACCUACAAAGGAAAAUUUCCGGAUGCCAGUUGUGGGGUGGACAGCAACUUCUAUACGUGUGAUUACCCAAAUGGGGGUACCUUUUGGGGCUGUUGUAAAUCGGAUCCAUGCCAGCAAGAACAAUGUCCAACAGGAGAUUUGGUUCCAGCAUUCCUUGAUAGACCAGAGCAGUCUGCAGCGUAUUCUCCGACCGGAGUACCCUCCGCCACCUUUUUAGCAAGUCGAUCCGCUUCAUCAAGCAUUGCCUUAACAACUACUAUAUCAACCAUAACACCUGUCGCUCUCGAAGCCAACGCACAACCGGAAAAGAAAGGGUUACCAAUACCACUAAUUGCUGGCUCCGCAGGAGGAGGAGCUGUUGCGCUAAUAAUCAUUGGGCUUCUCAUCUACUAUAUCCUCCAUGCAAGGAAGUCGCGGAAAGAGCAUAUUGAGCAAAUCGAGACUAGGUUAGCCGAUCUGCCAGCAAGUAAGGGUGGAGAAAAGCCCAAUGGGCCAAGGUCACCAUCCGAAGGUCUCGGCCCGGCAUCCUACAAUUCUCCUAAAUCUUCUCAGCAGCUUCAGAACGAGCAUCCUCAUGCUCUCUCACCAGCGAGCAGCGUCGGCCGGAAACCCAUCACCAACCGAUCACCCCAUCUCUCCGAGCUUUCGGGAGAGACAGUGCGAGGACCAGAGCCUGAAAGCCCUUGGCAUCCUCCCAAAUCUAGAUCGCCUCAGAGUUCUCGGGAGACGUGGGGAGCACCCAUAUCUCAACAGCAUCCACAGCAUCCGCAACAUCGCAUUUACAGCGUUCGGGGGUCCCCUAACCCCGUGGCAGCAAGCAAAAAUCAUCAGGAGAUGUGGGGAACUGGACACCAUCAGGUGUCUCCGCAGAUGGAUCGACAGGCAUGGGAGUACCAAAAUACAUGGAACGGUGCUACCUCACAGCCAUCACCGCAGAGAAUCCAAAAUGAGUGGGGUUCUAUCAACCCACAGUCAUCACAGCAGUGGAACCAAAAUGAAUGGAAAUCUACCAAUCCACAAUCAUCGCCGCUGAGAAACCCUGGCGGUUGGAACUCGAGCACUCCACAAUCACAGCACCAUAACCAAUAUUAUCAGCAGGAAGCCCCUCAUGCCCAUAGGCCACCAGAACGUUCGCAAGAGCCGUGGACGUCCCCCUACUCACAAUUCGCUCCAGCAUCAAGCCCGCGACGAACGCAGAGAUCCCUUUCGAAUCCUCAAGAUCGAGAUAGAGAUACUUGGGAAUAUUCCAACGUCCCACCACAACAGCCUCGAGACACAUUGGGUCCUGAGCACCCCCAGCAAUCAUCGCACAAUCAUCUUCCUGAUGCCUGGCCUCUUCCCCGUUCACAUCCACAGUCGCCGCUUCCGCGCCCUGAAACGGGGUGGGAGUCUACCUCCCCUCAUGUUGUACCUGGUCCACAUUCACCGCCCCGGAGCCCGGAGAGUAACAGAAUGCACGCGCAAUCGCCGCCGCAGAGUUCUCCAACCGUACGAAUGGUAGAGGAGCCAAAGGGGACGAGACACCCGUGGCGGUCAGACAGGGGGUCUGGGCACGAACCACUGGCGCCACAGGAGUCGGGCGCUUACGGUCAUGAACGGGAGAAAGAAUCACCGGGAAACAAGCCGAAGGAAUCGAGUUCGACGUGGAUUUAGAGCGACCUUGAUUUCGAAGCUUCGAUGAGUUUCGGGCGUUUCAUCUGUAUUAUUAUGUUCCCAUUAGUAAUUUCUUUUAGGGUUUUAGGGUAUGCAGUGACAUGACGACUGUCUCAUUUCUUAAGUAUCGUUGUUACGCGGCAUGUACAUAGAGGGCUAGAUGCAUCUGGGAGAGGAGUCGGAUCUAAUUGCUUUGGAAAUGGAAAGGCGACUGGUUUUGAAAAAAGCAACGGGCCGGAGGCAUUCAGAUUUAGCACAUGAAACGAGCCUUUACCUGCAAUACGAGCGGGACUGAAACCAAAAGAAAUACUAUUCCGCAGGUUCCCACCUAACAUGCAAUCUGACCAGGGUAGAGCUAGAAUCGGG